UCAAAAGUUGGGGUUUUGUAGAGUUUGAUGAUCUCUCGUCUUACCAUUUGCGUGUUCCUGAAGUAAAAUUUCGGUUUAGAUUUCGCUUUAAACCAUUUGUUUCGAUUCGUAAUGUGUAUAUGUAUCAUUCAUUGUGAGCUUACCCAGAGAUCUCUUAUCGAUUUAAACGAAGCAUGUUGAGGCAAUUUUGUGAUUAGUGUUGUUUCUCAUGAAAUGGUUUCUGGGUUUUCUCAUAAAGUAGCUUCCUGUUUCUGGGUUUUGUUUAAAAUUGUUAAAUUGAUUAGAAGCAAUUCAAACACUUACUAUAAUGUUGCUCUGUGUCUCAUAGAAUAAAAGAAACUAUUUUGGAGUUUGGACAAAGUUGUAACAUUGUGAAACUGAUGGUGUUUUUUGUUUUGGAGUUUAGAGGAGUUGUGACAUUGAAUUGUGUUUUUGAAGGUUUUGAUUUGGAAGACAAAAUGCGGUACAAGAGAAGAUUUGUGACAGUGUAUAGAGAUUUCCCUGAAGGUUGUGGUGUUCCUUCAAAACGUAUAUCUAAUGCUGAUGAUUUUUGUAAGCAAUUUGAGUUUAAGAAAAGAAUCGUCCUGCAGGCUCAUGGAGAUUUCACUGACAUAAAAGAGGGAUCAUCAGAUUAUUCAGAGACCGAGACUUCUAGAAUUGAUGGUUUAGAUAGCUCCUCGAGGGAUGUUUCAAUGGAAGAUGGAUCGAUUCUUGAAUCUAGUGGAGGUGUUAAAUAUCAUCAAGAAGAGGAAGGUUUAGGAGAAAGUGAAGAUCAUAUGAGCUCGGUAAAGAAGAGAUGUUUGAGUUAUAACUCAGCCAUGGAAGUUGAGACAGAUGUUGUGGAUAUCUCAAAGAGAGUUCUUGUUUUGGGACUCGCAGCUCAAUCGAAUUGCCCUUGGAGAAAUCCGAAGCCUCGAGGUUCAAGACAGGACAAGAGAAGGUGGUUGUAACACUUAAAUCAAGACUUUCUU